UGAUUGUAAGUGUGCGUGUUUCAGGUGUUCUGGGUAGAGAGUGUUGGGGUGUGACUUACACUCCUGAACAUGUGUGUGCUCUGAAAGGAUCAUCAGUUGAUCUCUCCUGCUCUUAUAACCCUGGAGGACACACAGUGACUAAAUCAGUGUGGUUCAUUCAAGAGCAGGCUGGUGCUGAGCCUGUGGAUCUACAAAAGGAAGCAAAGUAUCAGGGACGAGUGCAGUACAGACAGAGCGUCCAGAAUGACUGUAGUAUGAGAAUCACUCACCUGAGAGAGAGUGACACUCAAACUUACAGAUUCAGAUUCUACACUGAUAGAAGCCAAUACACAGGAAAAGCUGGAGUGACUUUGUCUGUCACAGGUCUGCAGGUUACAGUGUCAAAUACAGGUAUUGAAAAGACACUGUUGUGUAGCAGCACUUGCACUCUGCCGAACAACCCCACUUACAUCUGGUACAGGAAUGGAAGGCCUGUAGUUAACUGGCACAGUAGUAGGUACCUGUAUGUUAGUUCUAUGGAUGCAGGCAGCUACUCCUGUGCUGUAAGAGGACAUGAGGAGCUCCGCUCUCCUGCUGUCUGUGUUUUUGAUCAGAACAGCUGCUGGAGUGUGUCUUAUUCCAUCCAGACUAUCUGCACUUUGAUUGGCUCAUCAGUGGACAUCCACGGUUACUACACAUUCCCUCAUCAGCUGCCUGACCCCCAGCCUGCCUGGUACAUAAGAUUCACCCCAAAGGACAAAGAGCUGAGUCCUGAAGAUGGCCGAGUAGAGUUUUUCAGUGACAGAGUUAAUAUGAACACACUGAGACUGAAACAUCUUACAGAGAGCGACUCAGCAGAAUAUCUUCUCCGAUUUAAAUCCCCCUACUGGUAUCACACACACAGCUCUCCUGCAGCCUCUCUCUCUGUCACAGACCUGCAGGUGAAAGUGGAACCAGUUGCAGUCACAAUGACAAAGGAAAAGACACUAAUCUGUAGCAGCACCUGCACUCUGCCCAACAACCCCACCUACAUCUGGUACAGGAACGGACAGCCUGUAACUGUACCUUACAUGUACAAGAGUAGGCUGUAUUUGUCUGUCAGUCCUGUGAAUGCAGGCAGCUAUUCCUGCGCUAUAAAAGGACACGAGGAGCUCCGCUCUCCUGCUGUUUGUGUUUAUAAUUGGAACAGCUGCUGGAGUGUGUCUUACUUCACCCAGACUAUCUGUGCACUGACUGGCUCAUCAGUGGACAUCCAUGGUUACUACACCUUCCCUAAUCAGAUGUCUGACCCCCAGCCUGUCUGGUUCAUCAGAACAGGACAACGGGAUAAAGAGCUGAGUCCUGCAGAGGGCCGAGUGGAGUUCUUUAGUGACAGAGCUAAUAUGAUCAAACUGAGACUGAAACAUCUCACAGAGAGUGACUCAGCAGAAUAUCUCCUCCGAUUUAAAGCCAGCUGGUAUGACAUAGACAGCUCUACCGGAGUCUAUCUCUCUGUCACAGGCCUGCAGGUGAAAGUGGAACCUGUUGCAGUCACAAUGUCAGAGGAACAGAGAGUAACACUGAUAUGUAGCAGCACCUGCACUCUGCCUAACAAUCCCACUUACAUCUGGUACAAGAACAGACAGGCCAUGUUUCACUGCAAAUCUGCCUCCUGCUCUGUAGCUGUGGUCAGUGAUGGGGUCAGCUACAGCUGUGCUGUUGAAGGCUAUGAGAGCCUCCUCUCUCCUCCAGUGUACUCUCCUAGAAACACCAGAGCAAUGAUUGUUUCCUCUGGAGAGAGAGUGGAGGGAGAUUCAGUGACUCUGAGCUGCAGCAGUGAUGCAAACCCUCCUGUUCUCAUCUACUCCUGGUUUAAGCAGAGAGCAGCUGCAGAUGAACCAGUGACAACAGACCAGAAUUACACCAUCAUCAACAUCAGCUCCCAGCACAGUGGACUCUACUACUGCACCGCUCACAACCAGCUAGGAGAGCACAGCUCCACACCCACCCAUCUGGAUGUGUUAUAUUCCCCUAGAAACACCAGAGCAGUAGUUGUUUCCUCUGGAGAGAGAGUGGAGGGAGAUUCAGUGACUCUGAGCUGCAGCAGUGAUGCAAACCCUCCUGUUCUCAUCUACUCCUGGUUUAAGCAGAGAGCAGCUGCAGACGCACCACUGACAACAGGCCAGAAUUACACCAUCACCAACAUCAGCUCCCAGCACAGUGGACUCUACUACUGCACUGCUCACAACCAGCUAGGACAGCACAGCUCAACACCCACCCAUCUGGUUGUGUUAUACCCUCCGAGACUACCAUCUGUAUUGGAGCAUGUCACUGGCAGCUUGGUCACCCUUGUCUGUAUCAGUGACUCCAACCCUGCUAGCUCUUACUUCUGGUACAAGAAAACAGGAAGUGACAUCCAACUCAUUGGAAACAGCACCAAUUUAACUUUAGCCACGGGAGUGCAUGGGCCUCUCUACUGCAUGGCAAUGAAUCAGUAUGGGUCAUACAACUCAUCUGUGUGGUCAUUUACAUCAGAUAACACAUCUGCAAAAUACGCAGCUUCUUCAGUCACAGUGAUUUUCCUGCUGACGCUCAUUGCUGCCUUUAUGUGGAUGAGGAGAAGAGCAGAAGCUGCAAGCAACAGGAGUGAGGAGCAGAGUGGAAAGGAUGAAUGUGCUCCAGUGUAUGAUAACGUCUCAGCCAUGCCCAUGACUUCUGCUCCCACAAGAACAGCAGCGUCAGAUGAUGAGGAUGAACUUAACUACACCACUGUUCGUUUCACACGCUCUCCCCCUCUUUACUCCACUGUCCAACUGCCAAAUGCUCUUAAACAAGAUGAGGAUGUACAGUAUGCCACAGUGACCCUUUCUAAACCAAGAGCUAUUCGAAAUCCAAUCUACGGCACAGCCAAAAGAAUCUGAGAAGAACAAACUACUAGUCAGGUUCACCAAAUUCACCCAACCCUGCCUUUGCUUUGUGCACUGGGGCUCAGUCAUGCUGGAACAGCAAAGGACCUUCCCCAAACUGUUCCCACAAAGUUGGAAGCAUACAGUUGUC